UAACAGUCGAGCGGUGAGCAUGAACCCGGUUUUGGGUAACCCCAGCAACCGUUAGAUCCGAAAUAAACAUUUUCCGAUUGUCAACAAGCCGCGAGUUGCCAAGUGUUAUAAAUAUUACGAGUACCUGCUGCAAAGAUAUAAGGAUUAGCAAGAUGGCCUGCUCCACAAACGUUUUGAAGGGGUUUUCCCUCUUUUGGGAUAUUAUCCUCGCUCUGUUCGGCCUGGUUGUGAUUGGCCUUGGUGUGCACAUCGUCUACAAAUUCGAGCACUUUAACACCGCCGCCUUCGUCAUCAUCGCAGUGGGCGUGGUCGUCGUUCUGACGGCACUUUUUGGGGCUCUGGGAGCAGCGCGGGAGAGCAGUGCCACAUCGAAAGUGUUCGUUGUUAUUCUGAUUAUCUUGGUCAUACUGGAAGUACUAGCAGUUGGGUUCCUCUGGGUUUUCCAAACCUCGCUGCUGAUCAACGUGGACAAGACGUUCGAUAAACUGUGGAACGACCAGCCCGUGCCAAUCAAGCCGGGAAACCAGAGUCAGAUUGCCAGCCUCGAGCGAUGGUUGGAUUGCUGCGGCAAUGUGGGACCCUCGGACUACAUUCUGCCUCCCAAUAGCUGCUACAACAGCGAGAGUGACAGACUGAAUCUCGAAGGAUGCCGGCAAAAGUUCCUGGACUUCAUCGCCGAUCGUUGGACCACAUUUAACCUGGUUUCCCUGGUGCUGUUCGGUGUGGAGAUCAUCUGCGCCCUGUUGGCCUAUGUCCUGGCCAAUAGCAUCGUGAACCGCUGGCGACGCUCGAAAUACUAUCAAAAAUAGGUUCGCAUACGGUUUUUGCAAUGGCUGCAUUUUGAAGAUUUAAGUUUAAGUUGUGCAUACCUAAAGCCAAAGAACUCUUCAUACAAUUACUUAAGCCGAAACUCGAUAGAGAUUCCAAAACAAAUUUACUUAAGCCUGGCAAGCAGAAAGCAGUGCGUCGUUGAUUGUAUUCUAUUUAUCAGUUUGGAUAACUGUAAUGUUUUUAGGCGGAUUCAAUUCCGUUUCGAAGGUAAUUUAAUCUAGACUAAGCUCGACCUAAGGCACACAUUUUUUGUAACCGCAUUUCGAGGAGCAAAGUCAAAUAAAGAAUCUGGCAGAAGAUCCAAAGAUCUGAA